AGGAGAAAGAGAGGGAGAGAGCGCAGGCUGGGGGGAUGUGUAAAAGAAGAAGCGUUGCUAAUUUUUUUUGUUUGUUUGCUUUUCCAUGCAUGCAUAAUGAGGCCUAAUCAGAGCACGUUGCUGCUGCUCGGAGGGCACUUUUGUAUUUAAAGCCUUGCAAAGAAAAAAAGAUCCACAGACGGAUCCGCAGAGCAGCUUGCAGGGUUUGUUGACAACAGAAGCAGCAUCAGUCGCCCAGAGAAAGAGACCCUGAAGGCUGCCUCUUCUCCUUCCCCCGUGCUAUUUUCUUGCUAGCAGGGAGAGACAUUUCUCCUCCCCGCCACCCGAAAGUGCAACCCGUACCGAGAGGGAGCGAGCGGAGCCGGGACGGUGAAUGGGAUCGGAGCGGCUGGCAUGUGCAGAGAUGCCGCGAGCGGAGAGUUAAAAGCUCCCGAGGAGGAGGCGGCGGCGGCAGCGGCAGCAGCAGCUGGGCAUUUAUUUUGUGCAAAAAAAAGAAAAGAAAAAAAAAAGAGCAACGGAACGGCAUGAGGAGCAGGACAGCACCAUGAGCUCUCCCGGAGCAGCCUGCAAGUCCCCGAGCGCACUCCGGGGCCGCUCUCCUCCGAGCCCCCGUUUGCACUGAUUCCCCCCGGCCUCUCCGGGCGCCUUCGCCGCCGUCGCCAAGCCGGGAGCAGCGGGUGGGGGGCACGGGACGGCCCCGGGCGCCUGCUUCGUACCGCGGCCCCGCCGGUUUCAGCUCCCGGGUGGGCUGGAGUGCCCCCGAGCCGGCGCGGAUGGAUUGAUGCGAGGAGACCCGAUGCACACGGCCGGCGGGAGUUCUGCAAACUUUUCCACGGGCGGCAGCUCCUUCUCGUCCUCCUCCUCCUCCUCCUUCUCCUCCUCGUCCUCCUCCUCGUCGACCAGCGCCUCUCCCCUGCUCGCCUGCGGCGGCAGCAGCCGCCGCCGCCGCCCGCGAUGGUGGCCCGCUCGCCCGCUCGGCACGGAGGCGGCGGCGGGGGCCGCUGGCCGCGGCCGGCCGCCUGGCUGUGGCUGGCGGCGGCGCUGGGCGCCCUGUGGCCGCCGCGGGGCUCGCUGGUGCAGGGCCGGCGGCUGAUCUGCUGGCAGGCGGUGCUGCAGUGUCAGGGGGAGCCCGAGUGCAGCUACGCUUACAACCAGUACGCCGAGGCGUGCGCCCCGGUGCUCCUGCAGCAGCCGCCGGCGGGAGGCGGCGGGGACGGGCCGGCGGCCGCUGCAGGCUCCGCCGCCUCCUCCAGGCGGCGGUGCCCCAGUCACUGCAUCGCGGCCCUCAUCCAGCUCAACCACACCCGGCGCGGCCCGGCGCUGGAGGACUGCGACUGCGCGCAGGACGAGAACUGCCGCGCCACCAAGCGCGCCAUCGAGCCCUGUCUGCCCCGCACCAGCAGCCCGGCGGCCGGAGGGCCCGGCGGCCCCGGCGGCGGGCCCGGCGGCGGCCCCGGCGGCGGCCCCGGCGGCCCCGGCGGCGGCCCCGGCGUCAUGGGCUGCACGGAGGCGCGCCGGCGCUGCGACUGGGACAGCCGCUGCAGCCUGGCGCUCAAUCGCUACAUGACCUACUGCGGGAAGCUCUUCAACGGGCUGCGCUGCACGCCGGAGUGCCGCGCCGUCAUCGAGGACAUGCUGGCCGUGCCCAAGGCCGUGCUGCUCAACGACUGCGUCUGCGACGGGCUGGAGCGGCCCAUCUGCGAGUCGGUCAAGGAGAACAUGGCCCGCCUCUGCUUCGGCGCGGACAUGGGCGGCAACGGCGCCGGCAGCAGCGGCGGCUCGGACGGCGGCCUGGAGGAGUACUACGACGAGGACUACGAGGAGGAGCCGAGCCAGAAGGGGAGGGACGACGCGGAGGACAAUGCGGGCUCCGAGCCCGGCUUCCCCGUGCAGGCGGACAGCGCCGGCCGGCCCGCCGCCGCCGCGGCCUGGCCGCUGCUGGCCUCCAUCUUGCUGCCGCUGCUGCCGCGGCUCUAGCGUCUCUCCCUGCCGCCCGCCCGCCCUCCCUCUGCGCCGGGCCGCGCCGGGCCGCCGCUGGCCUCCUCGCCGUCCCGCCGGCGGCGGCAGGGGGGCCCGGCCGGCGGGGCCCCUCCGCCCGGCGCGGUUUUAAACGCCCGUCAGGCCGUGCGCUCGUGUCCGCCGCGUCUCCCCGCGGGCUGAGGUCCCCACGCCGCCGCCGCCUCCGCCGCCUCCGCCGCCCCCUUCCCCCGGCCUGGCCUAGCCUGGCGUCCCCGGCAGCCUUGGGCUGGCGAAGCCCCCGCGGCCUUGCCAGCCGGCCGGCGGGGGCGGUGGCGGUGGCCGGAGCGGAGCGGAGCCGCCGCGGGCCGCUCGUGUUUUCGAGUGUUGGUCUCGAGUGCGCGCUAUGCAAUUGCUGCCACCCUGCCUUCCUGUUAGCAGCGAGCUAGCGGACGGGCUAAGCCAGAGACUGCUAGCCAGGCUGGGGCGGGCUGCCCGCUGCCGCCAGCCGCCCCCGGAGGAAGGAGCCAGGAGUCGUGGUGUGCUGGCAGUGGCUUUUUUUUUAAGCGUUUUGACAUGAAGCUUGGGAAGAGCUCGCCAGAGGUACCCAAACUUGCUGCCAAAGCUGUUGCCGUUACUGGUUGGUUAGUCAACAACUUGAUUGUCAUUCGCCGGGUCUUGCUCUUCACGAUGCAGUGGUGCCCGAAAGGGGGUUAUGCCGCAUCUGCCCUCAAUUACAUUUAAGGAAAUAGCAGACUGAAUAAAUGCUGUGGUUUACAGCACUCCCUCUUGCACACACAUCUUCCCUAUAACAAAAGCCUGCCAGCAGCCGUCUCUUCCUCCUUAACCUAGUGACAUAAAAAAGAUCUUUUUUUUUUUUUUCCAGAGUUGUUGGCUAUACUGAACAAUGCAACUUUUGUUUUAAAAGAGCUCUGCACUGCCAUCUUUGAAAGACACUUUUAAACUCGAGAACAUAUAUGUACAAAUAUCCUGAAAAGUUAUAUUGCCUCUCAUCGUAUCAGGGUGCUGACCUCUGGUAAAUCUUAUAUAAAAAAUGUAUUUAAAACUGGGAUUUGUUACCAGUUGCUCUGCUUUGUAUAUAGAAUUUUAUAAAUUGUAUGCUUUGGGAAUAAUUUAUUUAAAAAAAAAAUAAUAAAGGUUUUAAAUCCACAUCCUAUUUGCCAGAUAAUUGCAUUUGCUGUUCUUUUCUGGAAAGGUACAGAUUUCAUUUUAUGUUUAAAAGGGAUACCAGCAACAGUGAUUCAGUGAAGUAUUCUCUAGAACAUCAAAUGUACAGUGUAUUUUACAGAUUGGAAGUUAACUUUCUUAUUUGGAGAGACUUUAUGAACAUUGUAGAAUUGUAUAAAUGCAUUUCUGAGCUGCCUUAAACCUUGUAUUUUUUUCUAGGAGGCAUAAAGAAGGCCUGUGUGUUAAAUAUGUAUGGCUUUUUGUAUUUUCUAAAUGUGUAAAUUAGUAAAGAAAGAGCUUUAAAUAA